UUACGCGCAUAACGAGUAAUACACCAAUGGGGGCGCAACGGUGCGGUUGGGUAUUUGGAUUGCACAGCGGACAGUCAGCAGGCUUUGACAAGAACAUGACCGUGACCAACUCUGAUCGACAGCACACUCGGGUGAACACAUGUUUGCAGAAGGAUGACCAGACGGACCGCGUGCAAAGGCGUAUCGAACUUGAGGAGGUGUCCAGAGGCUACCCCACAAUUGCAGGCCCGCCGCUGGUCUGUUCUGGUUGCGCUUGUGAUCAUUGCAAGCCAGCCAUGUGUCUGGCAGAGAUGCAACGUUGGACGUAAAUCACUGCCAGUCGGGAGUUCACCCAAGCCCAGCCACAUGAAAAUGAAGACGACCAAGCCCGCACACGCAAGCAACAUAGUUAACUCACUGCCGUCCGUCCUUCCCCGCACGUCGUGCGCGGGGAGCUUGAGCCACAAGACCACACGAUACAGCAAUUGUAUGCCGAAAGUGGUCUCGUGGGGAAAACCCUGGAGAGCCUGUAUGCACCCCACACCGGCGCCCCUUGUGUCCCAAGUCAGCCGCAGCGUUAUGGGGACGAGGACUGCAGUGUGCGCUGGCUUGCCAAUAGUGCUUGUUGACCGCUGCAAGGUUAGGAUGUUCUCUGCGCCACCUGCUGCUUCCCUUUACUGAUCGCCUUGCUGGAGCCCGAGGCUCUCUUUAAGCUUUGAGCUGUUGGAACGGGCCCGUUGAUGG